AUGGCCAUCUCGUACACGACCGUCGAGGGCGACCUCAGCCAGAAGCUCGACAAGAUGUUCGGCGUCAGGUACAGCUUUCUGCGGGUCAAGCCCGGCAACUGCCUGCUGCCGCCCCAGUACGUGUUCAUCGGGCCGAGGAUUCGCGAUCUCGAGAUACGCGAGAAUGACAUUUGGCUCGUCUCUUAUCCCAGGACCGGAAGCCAUUGGGUUUUGGAAAUGGCCUGGCUGAUCGGUAACAAUCUCAAUUACGAGGAGGCUCGAAAAACUCACUUCGCCAUGCGGAGCCCACUGCUGGAAUCCUCGGCGUUGAUGGUCAACGGAUCGUUCGUCGAGUGGUUCGCCAAAUUGGGCGAGUCCGUCGAGACGGUCGAAAAGUUGCCGAGUCCGCGAUACGUCAAGAGCCAUUUGCCGCUCGAUUUGCUUCCAAAACAACUUCACGAGAAAAAACCAAAGAUGAUUUAUAUCGCGAGAAAUCCUAAGGACAUGUGCGUGAGCUUUUAUCAUUACUGCAGACUCUUUCACGAUUUGACUUGCUCCUUCGACGAUUUCGCCGAGCUCAUGCUGGUUGACAACGCACCGCCUGGACCAUUUUGGAAUCACGUUUUACCUUUCUGGGAACGUCGUCACCAGGAUAACAUACUCUUUCUCUUUUACGAGGAUAUGAAAAAGGAUCAAGAAGGAACGAUACUGAAGACAGCCAAAUUUCUGAAGAAAAAGCUCACCGACGAGCAGGUCAGCGAACUGAGCGACCACAUAUCGUUCCCGAAAAUGGCCGCCAAUCCGUCGGUCAAUUACGAGCAGGUCCUGGCUCAGAAGAACGUCGCACCGGACGAUCCGGACACGAAGUUCAUCAGGAAGGGCAAAGUCGGCGAUUGGCGCCACUACAUGUCGGACGAUCUGUCGCGCCGUUUCGACGAGUGGACCGAGCAAAAUACCAAGGGCACCGGCUUGAAAUUCAUCACGGACGAUUUGGAGGACUGA